UCACUAGCUUACAAAACCAUGUCUUCGCAAAACAAGGAUUUUAAACUAAAUGGUGCGACAGAAAUUACCGAUCGCCUCAUCAAAGAAUGUACAAAAGCGAAGGAGUUCUCYUACUCGCCAUAUAGCAAAUUUCGUGUCGGCGCUGCUCUUCUGACUGAUGAUGAUGUUUUAUUCACUGGCUGCAGCGUAGACAAUGCGAGCUACGGACUAUCCAUCUGUGCUGAGAGAACUGCCAUCGUGAAAGCUGUUAGCUCUGGCUACACCAAGUUCAAAGAAAUUGCUAUAUCAGCAGAUAUGGUUGAAUUUGUAUCGCCUUGUGGAGCGUGUCGACAGUUUAUAGCUGAAUUUGGCCUGGACAUUAUUGUACAUUUAGUGAAUAGAGACAUGGAGUGUCAGACUACUACCUCUGGUGAUCUACUUCCACUAGCAUUUUCUCCUGAACUCAYCAAGAGAUACUCAAAGCAAAUGAACAUGAAGUGAGACCUGCCUUGCCCUGCCCUCCCYCUUCCCCCGCCCCCUCACUCGACUUUGGAGUAAAUUAAGGUCUUUUCGUCCUUUGGGCCUCGGAAAGCGAACUGGGACAGACCUGUGGAAACAGUCUUGACCACAUAGCCGGGAAUUUAACAAUGUUUCAACAACAACAUUCCGCGGGGGAGUUGACGUCCAAAAAAAUAGAAAUGAUCUGUUUAUUUGGCUGUUUUAUCUCUAAGAGCCAGCGAAGUGACGUAAUUUGAACUUUGUUGAAAUGUUUUAAAUUCCAAUUGACUCGUGCAUUGUGCUCGUUGUAUUUUCAUUUCACAGUUGAGUUCUUAGAAACGAAAGUUCUUUUGCGACAGAAUUUAAAUUGAGUAGAAACAUACAUGCAACCUGUUAGGUCUAUUAUAACUAUUAUCAAUGGCUAAAUGUCAAUAAAUAGACCGAUAAGCGUUGUUAACAGCUUUGACCAUUAUCCAAAGAGAUUUUGGGAUUUAUCCAACAGAUCUAGAGAUGAAGCAACACACUGAUCUCACACUGAUUCGACUUUA